AUCACUCCUCCUCCUCCCCUCCUCUCACCAGCCCCUCCCUUUCCGUCUCUACUCGCCUCUAUCCUCUUCAGCCUUGCUGCCUGUCAGAAAGGUACUCCAGUAUUGGAGGCUAGGCUACCCUCCUCCGGACCCCGCACGAGAGAGAGAGCCAGCCACCGUCGUACCCUAAGGCUCGGGCUCCCCCCCAACUCAGCAAGGCUCUAACCAUGGCGACCACGGCUACUUCCACCCGGUUCACCGACGAGUACCAGCUGUACGAGAGCUCGGGAAGGGAGCUUUUUCAGUGGUGCGUAGGUGUGUAAAGAAGUCAUCAGGACAGGAAUAUGCUGCAAAAAUCAUCAACACUAAGAAGCUGUCUGCAAGAGACCAUCAGAAACUCGAGAGAGAGGCUCGCAUCUGCCGUCUCCUGAAGCACCCUAACAUUGUGAGACUCCAUGACAGCAUUUCAGAGGAAGGCUUUCAUUACCUAGUCUUUGACCUGGUGACAGGAGGAGAGCUGUUUGAAGACAUUGUAGCCAGGGAGUACUACAGCGAGGCCGAUGCCAGUCACUGCAUUAGUCAGAUCUUGGAGAGUGUCAAUCAUAUCCACCAGCAUGAUAUUGUGCACAGAGACCUCAAGCCUGAGAACCUGUUGUUGGCCAGUAAGAUGAAGGGAGCUGCAGUGAAGCUGGCUGACUUUGGCCUUGCUAUCGAAGUGCAAGGAGACCAGCAGGCUUGGUUCGGGUUUGCAGGCACCCCGGGGUAUCUCUCCCCUGAAGUCCUGAGGAAGGACCCUUAUGGCAAGCCUGUGGACAUUUGGGCUUGUGGUGUUAUUCUCUAUAUCUUGUUAGUGGGGUAUCCUCCAUUCUGGGAUGAAGAUCAACACAAACUCUAUCAGCAGAUCAAAGCUGGAGCGUACGACUUCCCUUCCCCUGAGUGGGACACAGUGACUCCAGAGGCAAAGAACCUGAUCAACCAGAUGUUGACUAUUAACCCAGCCAAGAGAAUCACUGCCGAGCAGGCCCUCAAGCACCCCUGGGUCUGCCACCGCUCUACAGUGGCCUCCAUGAUGCACAGACAGGAAACUGUUGAGUGUCUCCGCAAGUUUAACGCUCGUCGAAAACUCAAGGGAGCCAUUCUCACCACCAUGCUGGUGUCCAGAAACUUCUCAGUGGGCCGGCAGCAUACCAACUCUGCUGCUGCCGCCUCCUCCACGGCCUCACUGGCUCAGGAAGCAUGCAAAAGUUUACUCAACAAGAAGUCCGAUUCUGCUAAGCCUUCCACCAACAACAGUAAGAACAGUAUAGUGAGCGCCAUCAAUGCCCUGAAAGACACCAACAUGGCAACCAACGCCCAGAUGGAGUCUCAGAGCACAGUGGUCCACAACCCUCCUGAUGGAGUCAAGGGAUCAACAGAGAGCAACGCCACCAACGACGAGGAGGAAAUGAAAGGUAGGCAAGCGGACAAUUCGGCGCAGAGCAGCGCCACAGAGGAGAUGCCCCCACUUCUGCCCUCACCUCAAAGCUCACCUGCCAUUCCACCGCAUGACCUAAAGCGCAUGGCAUGGAACAGCACAGGCAACAGCUCCUGCCCUGACUCUGAGCUCUCACAGUCCUCCAUGCCUGCCGCUCCGCUAGGGAGCAACACUGUCGCUGCUAUAAACAACACUAAGCAGACUCGUAAACAGGAGAUCAUCAAGAUAACAGAGCAGCUGAUUGAAGCCAUCAACAAUGGAGACUUCGAGGCCUACACGAGGAUUUGCGAUCCCGGACUCACCUCUUUUGAACCUGAGGCCCUGGGGAAUCUGGUGGAGGGCAUGGACUUCCACAAGUUCUACUUUGAAAACUUGCUGAGCAAGAACAGCAAGCCUGUGCACACCACCCUGCUCAACCCUCACGUGCACCUGAUCGGUGAGGACGCUGCGUGCAUCGCCUACAUCCGGCUCACACAGUUUGUGGACACCACAGGCCGCCCUCGCUCCAGCCAAUCAGAGGAGACCAGGGUGUGGCAUCGUCGCGAUGGCAAGUGGCUCAAUGUCCACUUCCACUGCUCAGGCGCGCCUGCUGCACCACUCCAGUGAUCAGUGGUCCUGAGCCUCCAGUCUACUGGAGUGUGUGUUUUGGGGGGCAGUUUUUUUCAGCGAGAGUGUUUCGGAGGCCCGUCCUCUGCGUGGAUUGGCUAGUGCCAGGAGCCCGGCCGGGCAAGAUUGCAUCCCUCUCCACGUUACCAACCAAUCCUGUCCCCCCUUUGACCUGCUGGGGGCCGGCUGAACACAAGACACCGCCCCCAUGGGAUGAUGCAUGCAUCUGGCGCCUGAUCGGAGGGCGUGUCUUUGCCCUCUAUCCCUCCCCUGGCAGCCAUCUUUUUUCUGCCCGCGCGAGAUGAGACGUCCUGCGUGAGGAGAGGAUUUACAGUUGAACUUGUGACAGUUUAUGAGUAUGAGUUAUGAAUAUGCUGUGUAAAUUAUGACUAGAUGUACCAGAAACCACCAAAACCCAACCAAGCAUUUAUAUUCACUAUCUAAUAAGGGAGGAACAGAAGGGAGUGUGAGGUUAGCAGCUGAGAUUUCGGACACAUUUUGUUGGCAUUCUAGGGAUUAACCGGGUAGGAAGUGUUGUGCUCAUUACCCGGUCGUUGAUGUUAAGAAGUAGGGAGAUUUUCCCCAACUGAAUUCUAGCGGGAAAAAAAAUCAAGUCGGCUCAGUCAGAGACCUUGAUGACCAGAGAAACUUGAUAUCAAAAACAUGAAGCACCAAAGUGUAGAACUUUAGGCUUUUUAUGUGUUUAUGUGUUUUCGUUUGUUUGCUUGUUUUUCCGACCGAACGGAAAAAAUCGUGUUGUUGUGGGAUUUCGGGGGAGGGAGGGGCGUCUGAUUUGAGGUCAUGUGUUUGGUUGUGUUUUUAGCGUCCUGUUCCCUUUUACGUUCCUGUGAAUAAAUAACCCGAGCCUCUUUUUUUUUUUCUUUCUUUUUUUUCUUUUUUGUUUUGUCUGACUGAUCCGAUAUUUGAGGCUCUUUCAUUUUAAAGCAGUGAGUUUUUUUAAAAAAAAGAGGGAUUUUAUUGUGCAAAUUUAAAGCUAACCUGCGCGUGUUAACACGUUCUGUUGUGUCUGUAUGCAGUGGAGGGAGAGAGCGAGCCGGGGAAAGGCGUCUGCGUUUUGCAUGUUUGCCCGCCGCCUCUCCCUCAUUCACCCCCUUCCCCUUUUUCUCUCUCUUAAACCAUUCCCUCUUUUAACCCUCCCCCCCUUUUCUCUGCUUUCUGCAAGGGCCUGGUUUGUUUAUAAUCACUGUGUAAAUACAGUGUAUGUAUAGAUAUAUGUAGAAAAGUGUAAUAUAUGUACAUGUAUCUAAGAGACACUCAUCCUGUGCAUUUCGACGUGGGAGCCUCCCCAUGACCUCUGUGAACCCUACCUUUUAGUUUAGGAGCAUUAUCUUCCUCACUGAUUUCAAUUUGCUUUCAUUCUUCUUCUCAGAAUACUUCCUGAAAAUAUCGGUAGCUCUAAAUCUUUUCUCGACAAACACGUGCACACACUCCCGCGGGCUACCAGCUUUCGUCCCAUGGCCGUAAGACUGUUUUUUUUUUCUUUUCUGGAGACGGGGAAUAAAAGAACAAACAGGUAGAAAAAAGUUUCACUCCUCCGCCCAACAAGACUCUUAAAACUUUCAUCAUAGUGUCCUUAAAUCCUGAUCCCACGAUGCUGUUAGCCGUCUCUUCAUAUCAUAUGCACCCACACACACACACACACACCCACACACACACACACACAAAUACAUACACACACACACACGCCUGGUGGUGUGUUUUAGCUUUGUAACAUAUCUGCACCACUGCUGUGUGACCACGGUGCCACCCUUGCUGUGCUGCUUAAUUGUCUCCAUCCAUCCGCAACACUCGUAUCUCAACCCCUCCCCCCCAACCCCACCACCCCCCCGCUCCCCUCAGCCUGAUAUCUUCCUCCUCAUCAUCCUCCUCCUCUUCCUCCGUGUACCAACGUGUCCCUGCUCUUGAGAUGUUUAUUUGUACCUCUCUCUGUUGUUUCUCCGUUCCCGUGUUACUGGUUUGAGUUUUUUCGUCGUCGUCGCUGUUGCUGUUAACUUGUCGUUUGGUAAUUUGCCGAUCUGCCAAGCUGGAGUUCUGCACUCUCCCUCGCACACAGAGAAAAAAAAUAACCAAAAGGGAAAAGAGGGAGGAAGCAAAGACAACACAGAUUUACAGAUUGAGCGAUCACAGAUUGAUCCAGACUAAAUUAUUUAUCAUGUAAUCUACCCUUGGUGGUUUGAAAUCGUGCCUGCUCAGUUAAGAGGAGUGUUAAAGCCAGAGAGAGAGAGAGAGAGAGAGAGAGAGAGUUGGAGUGGCCGUGCAGGUUGUUGUGACCUCCACUGUUGAACCAGAGCGGGAGACCUAGUUAUAUGCAUGUUUCAGUUACGCAUUUCUACCAUGUACCUACCUGAAUAAGGAUGGAGCUAGUGUUAAUAUAUGAUAUUUGCAUCUUUUGAAAUAAGAAUUUCUCCAUCCAGAAUGUUGAAUAGGUGACAUGAAAAAUAUUUAAAGAAAAAAAAUUGCAAAAUUUUUAAAAAAAGGAUUCAGGAGCCGUAGCUUGGUAUGAGGCCCUCGAUGUUAGCGUUUUCCCUGCGUUGUAAUGAUAUACUAUUGGGCUGCGCUUUCUCCCCCAGCCUUCACAUGGAUGCUGGAGUUUUUUUGCAUGAUCAUGAUGUACAAUGAAAUACAACCAUGAAUUGACGACUAUCAAGUGUUUGUCUGAGUGUUAGUUGGUCUUCAUCAUAGCUUUGUUAUUCUUCAAACUUGGAUCUUGAAAGUAUUUAAUAAAAAUACUAUUUCAGCACUG